AUGAUGCUAAGUCCAGACCAACCUGACUCCGAUCUCCCGUGGGGGCAGUCCGACGCUGAAUCGGUACUGAAUGACAUGAAAAUUGGCUGCGUCUCCGACGAGCCGAUGGAAGGCGAGGGGAAGACGCGCAGUCUUGCGCCACAGGCUCUCAGCAGGGAGGAGAAGCGAAGGAGACGGCGCGCAACCGCCAAGUACCGCUCUGCCCACGCCACCCGCGAGCGCAUCCGAGUCGAGGCAUUCAACGUGGCUUUCGCUGAACUGAGAAAGCUGCUGCCAACUUUGCCACCGGACAAGAAGCUAUCCAAGAUCGAAAUACUCAGGCUUGCGAUUUGCUAUAUCUCAUAUCUAAAUCACGUAUUGGACGUUUAG